UUCAACGCAUCGAUGCUUUGCUUCCUUCACAAAGCAAACCUCUCGAUCUCUUCCGCAUCACAGGCACAUCCACCACCAGUCUGCCUCCUAGCUCCCGAUUAGGUCAGUCAAAUACGCAAGGUGGUGGCGGUGGUCAAACCAAGAUAUCAGAGGGAAAAAGUUCAGAGAUCGAAGGUGGAGCAUCGGAGGCAUGGCGGCAAGCGGCCCCUGCUGCCCGAGCCUGACGACGAGGAGGCUCAACCGGCGUCUCUGUCGCCGGCGUCGGUGCCGACGAUCAGUCUAGAGCGCCACUUCCCUCGGCGGCGGCAGCAGCAGAUAGUGCUCGGACGGGGUGGGGCUGGUGUGGAUCACGAUGAGUACUGGUCUGCGCCGGCGCCGGCGCCGGCGCUGUACCAUGUGCAGACCCAUCAGCAGCAAGGCGCAUACUACUCCACCAUGGCGUACUACGACGUCGGCGCCGGCGCGGACUCCUCCGCCACCUCGUCGCAUCAACGACCGGGCCACCUGGCCGCCGCAGCCGUGCCGCCGGCGCCCGCUGGAUCUCAUCGGCAGGCGACUCCGGAAGCUGGAACUGGAACUGGAACUGCUGCUGCUGCUGCCACGGCUGGCCAGACAGUGGAGGUGCAAGGAGGUUACGGGACGAGAAUGCACUACCGUGGCGUGCGGCGGCGGCCGUGGGGCAAGUGGGCGGCGGAGAUCCGUGACCCCGCCAAGGCGGCGCGUGUGUGGCUCGGCACCUUCGACACCGCGGAGGCCGCCGCCGCAGCGUACGACGACGCCGCGCUCCGGUUCAAGGGCGCCAAGGCCAAGCUCAACUUUCCCGAGCGCGUCCGCGGCCGUACCGGCCAGGGCGCGUUCCUCGUCAGCCCUGGCGUCCCCCAGCAGCCGCCGCCGUCUUCCCUGCCAACUGCAGCCGCCGCGCCGACGCCGUUCCCCGGCUUGAUGCGGUACGCGCAACUCCAGGGUUGGAGCAGCGGGAACAUCGCGGCCAGCAACACCGGUGGUGAUCUCGCGCCGCCGGCACAGGCGUCGUCGUCGGUGCAGAUUCUGGACUUCUCGACGCAGCAACUACUCCGGGGCUCACCGACAACGUUCGGCCCACCGCCGACGACGUCGGCAUCGAUGUCCAGGACUAGCAGAGUAGAUGAGGCGCACGAGAGUUGCGAUGCUCCUGACUGAUUUUUCGAACAAUUUUUCUGCGAACGAAAUCCUGACUAAUUUUGUUAAGCAUGAGUGCCAAAAUCAAUAUGAUCA